GUCGAGGUCAAAAAACAUGGUGGAUAGAUCUUGUCAGUGUGAGUUUGCGUCUGUUGUUAUUAUAAAAAUAUGCCCUUUCUGGGGCUUAAUAAUACAAAAUGAUUGUGUUUAAAGUUUUAUAGUGAUAUUUUGGUUUUGUGAAAAUAGAAAUCAUCAGUUAUAAGUUGUUAGAACAUUUCCAAAAUUAUAAACCCAACACAAGAGAUACCUACACAGAAUGAGUUCUUCGAUCACAAGCCCAACAGCACUAGCUGCUGCGCUGGCUGCAAACAUAACAGCGUCCCCGGUUUCCGGAGCCGAUUCUUUCCGUUCUGCGCCGUCCGAACCAAUUUUUCUUCAAACUAAAUUAUGCCAAGGUGUUGCUGGAUUUUUCGUAUGGGCCGCCCUAUUUCUUACCUGUACACAGAUAUACCACCAUCUCCGAUGGUACACAAACCCGACAGAACAGCGUUGGAUUGUUAGGAUAUUGUUCAUUGUUCCAAUUUACGCUACAUAUUCAUGGAUUAGUCUGUUAUUCUUUAACUCGGAAAGUUAUUACGUAUAUUUUUUUACUGUUAGAGAUUGUUAUGAAGCUUUUGUAAUAUACAAUUUCUUAUCCUUAUGUUAUGAAUAUUUGGGCGGAGAAGGUAAUAUAAUGUCAGAAAUAAGAGGAAAACCCAUUAGAUCCAGUUGCUUGUUUGGUACUUGUUGUCUUAGUGGAAAAACCUACACAAUUGGAUUUUUGAGGUUUUGUAAACAGGCCACAUUGCAAUUUUGCCUUGUCAAACCGGUAAUGGCUUUUGUUAUUAUUAUUCUACAAAUUUUCGGACAUUACAGGGAUGGUGAUUGGAGUCCGGAUGGUGGUUACAUAUACAUCACAAUUAUCUACAAUAUUUCAGUUUCUUUUGCCUUGUAUGGACUGUUUUUGUUCUAUUUUGCCACUCGUGAUCUUUUGACACCUUUUGAACCAGUAUUGAAGUUUUUCACAGUUAAGUCUGUUAUUUUCUUGUCCUUCUGGCAAGGUGUUGGACUUGCCAUUUUAGAAAAAGCUGAAGUAAUCUCGCCAAUAAUCGAUAGUAACGGUACGAGGACCUCGACUGGUACUGUUUCCGCAGGCUACCAAAACUUCCUGAUCUGCAUCGAGAUGUUUUGCGCAGCUGUCGCCUUGCGCUACGCUUUCCCGUACAGGGUAUAUGCGCAGGGUUGCGUGACCGAUUCCAGGGGACGAUCUGUUACUAUGCAGAGCAUUUCUAGCAGUCUAAAAGAGACCAUGAAUCCAAAGGAUAUAAUGACUGAUGCCAUUCAUAAUUUCCAUCCACAGUAUCAACAGUACACGCAGUAUAGUUCAGGUGGUAAGAAUGGAAGAGGCAUGCGACUUUCAACGUAUGACCCCGACGACCCAAUGAGCCCUAGCGGGGGAACUAUACCGCAGUCCUAUAAUAGCUUAGAUAACCCUCCUAGACCACCCAUAAGUGUUGGACCACGUGUAUCUACAAUUAAUACACAAAAUUAUACGGAGAAGACUAUGCUUCUUAGCUCUGACGAAGAAAAUUAAAAUUCAA